GCGAUAGGAGGGGUGCUGCUGCUGAUGCUGCUGAGCUCUUGUAUCCGAGGAGCAGCAGGCACAGAGCAAAAGAGAGGGAGGUGAGCAAGAGGAUACCAGGGAAAGAGACAGAAAGAGAGAGAGAGGGGGGAGAUAAGGACAACACCUCAUCAAGGAGAAAAGGACAGAGCGAAGGGUUGUAAGCAACACAAUACUGCAUAAACAUGACCUUGGCAGCAUAUCGAGACAAGGUGAAGGAGCUCCCUCUAGUGUCACUUCUGUGCUCCUGCAUCAACUCAAACCCUGCAGAAAAUCCCACAUACAAGGCUGAGGAUGCAGUGGAUCUCAACUGGUGUGUGAUUAAAGAUAUGGAGGUCAUUGAGCUGAACAAGCGGGCCUCGGGCCAGGCAUUUGAGGUGAUCCUGAAACCCCCCUCUUUUGACGGUGUGCCUGAGCUUAACACAUCCAUGCCCCAGCGUAAGGACCCCUCACUGGAGGAGAUCCAGAAGAAACUGGAAGCAGCUGAGGAGAGGCGGAAGUUUCAGGAGGCCGAGAUGUUAAAGCAUCUUGCUGAGAAGAGGGAGCAUGAGAGAGAGGUCAUCCAGAAGGCCUUUGAGGAGAAUAACAAUUUUAUUAAGAAUGCUAAAGAAAAGCUGGAGCAGAAGAUGGAAGCCAUCAAAGAGAACCGUGAGGCUUUGCUUGCCGCCAUGCUGGAGAGACUACAGGAAAAGGACAAACACGCAGAGGAGGUGAGGAAGAACAAAGAACUGAAAGAGGAGGCCUGCCGGUAGAGGAGCGCCUGCUGCGCAGGACUGCUGUGGCUAUAGUCAAGGGAAACAGAGAUGAAACUGGUGAAGAGAAAAUAAAACAAAUGGUAGCCAAUACAUCUCAAAAAGGGGACAUAUUGGACAUCGAUAAUGACAAUUUGCAAAACACCAAGCUUUUGUGGGGAUUAACAACAUCACAGCUACUUAAUAUUAUUAAAAACAGAAAAAAUAUUGUCUAGAUGGCAAUGCAAGGUGCACUAAGGGUAUGUUGCUUGGUGGAGGACAGGAGGUUGCUUCAGAGCAGAAGAAUGAAUAUAACUGAAAUUACUUGGAGAGAAGGACAGGAAGUGAAAUCAAUGAAGAGAUGCUUUUUAUAACCUCCAUAGCCAGUACAGAUGAAUGUGUUAACAUAAACUACAUCCUAAAGUCAUCCUUCACUAAUGGAAAUAUCUCUUUACAGUCACAAAAGCAUCUUUUUUCAAAACAUGUGCCAUCUACUGAGGCUUUGGCUCUUUUUUAAUUAUCGUUCAAUAUUGAUAUUUAAUAAUCAAUAGGGUUUCAUCAUAGAACCUCAGGCAUGCUUAUACAAUAUGUAUUAUUAAGCAUCAGCGAUCAGAUGGCUAGAGGUACAAUAUCUAUCACAUUUCCUGCUGUGUUGAUACUGAAAAUAUGAUCAAAGUAAUAUUAGAUUAGAACAUUCUUGAUGCCUAUAAAUCUGAAAGCUCAUAUUGUGGAGCACAAUGACACUUUAAGCACAACUCAGAAGCACAUUUAGCUUUUUCAUUCAUUAUAUUUGUAUUUUGACGCUUAUCGGUAGGAAAACACAUAGUGGCAUCUCAGAAAAUGAAGAAUGAAAGCACUCAGGUGUGAGAAAAAGAUCCUGUUUGGAUUUGGGAAAUAGUUUGAAAGUUUCAGGUGAAUGGUGCACUUUGCUUUGGCAUGUCACUGAGCUUUACUGUAGUCUGUUCAUUUUACUCGUUCUUUACAAAGACAAAGGAGUUUGAUGUUGGUGUGCAGCGUCAAUAAAGAGCCGUGUAUGUGCAAUGAUGAGAAGUGAUGUAAAUCGACCUGAUUUUGUGAGAAAAUGGAGCGUCGUAAAUGUUCCCUGUGUUUGUAAUUUCCAGAUGACUAAAUUCUCUUAACAAAGUCAAAUAAAUGCUUCUCUUAACUAAAA